GUAUUAAACCUUUUUUUGUAAAAGUAGCCUACUUACAUAUUUUUUACAUAUUUGACCUAGGCUACUAAAAACUUAGUUUACAUCAGCAGUAACUUGGCGGGAUCGUAUGGGAUCACUGCAUUCUUGCAGAGGUCGUAGGCAAGAACAGGCUAGUCACCGAAUGUGGACAUGGGCACUGCUUCCUGUUCUCUUGGCAGUAGGAGGCAUCGUGGGAUCAUGGGCAGUAUAUGCCAUUUCAGUGUCAAACAACACCGUAAAUGUGACUGCCAAAUUCCCUUUCAUCAGUGAGUGUGCCAUCUAUCAGCCUGAGAGUGCUUUGUUCUGUCUCUUCUGCAUUGUGUGGACUUUACUCCUAAUCUGGGUGGUGGUGAUCCGGUAUCAGCAGAUACGUGAGCUGGGUAACCUGUGUCGCCGUGCCAACCUGGCGGCCUUGGUGCUCGGCUUCAUUGCUGCCUCCGGGGUCUCCAUCCUCGGCAGCUUCUCGUUGAAGGUAUCUCUGGGGGUGCAUCUCUUCGGGGCAUACCUGGCCUUCUUCGUGGGUCUGGCCUACUUCUGGGUGCAGCUGUGGCUAACGUAUAAGGCCGAGCCGUCUCAGGACCGCCGCUGUGUUGGCCCGUGGCGAGCCAGUCUCUGCAGCUUGUGCACCUUGUUUCUCAUUGGUAUGUUCGUCCUGAAACCUGCCGGCUUUAGGUCUCUGGCUGCCAUCAGUGAGUGGGCCAUGGUCAUGGUGUUCUUCAUCCUCUUCGGUUCCUUCGCUGUUGAGUUCCGUCACGUCCAUCAUUUCCAGGUAACCGUGCAGAAGCAGGAUGGGGCCAUGGCAAACAGUGAUGGUACCAACAGAAAUCUGAUGAUUUAGCGAUGACCACACCUUUUGUAUGGAGUCUCAUGUCUUAUUAUACUGACUACCACAGUAUUCCUGUAUAGGUCUUAUGUAGGUUUUACAUAGGUUUUGUUCAUUUAUUUAAUUUUUUAAAUAUAUUUUAGUUCUGGGAGCGACGUAGUUCACAACCCAAUACUGAAUGGGAACAGUUUUGUGGAAUGGUAUUUAUUUCAUAUUUAGCAGAAACCUUGAUCCCAAACGUUUACAUGGGAGUUAAAGGACAAAAGGGAAUUUGACAUGAGUAUAAUCAUUUUGGCCUGUCUGAAAAGAGUUUAGCAGCUAAUAACUAGUUGCUGGUUUGGGUAUAAUUGUUUAGGGGAAAAAAGUUCUGUUCUGUUGUGAGUUUGUGCCAUUACCUUUUGAGAAUUCCAUUUUAAUGCACAUUGAUGUUACACAAGUAUUUGCUGCACAUUUAAAUGUCACAUAUUAUAAAAGUAUAUGUUUUUUAUAAAAAAAAUAUCUUCUGGA